UCUCUGGUGUGGGGACCUCCUGAUCUGCUCCCAAUUCAAAUCCUGGAAACUAACAGGGUAGAGGUGAAUACUUUAUUUCUAAAGCCGUGACAACAGAGACACUUUUUGUUUCUGAAAACAACAAUGGAGACAAACUGGCCUCCCCUGCCACCAGACGUCAACUCCUCUGCUCCGCCAAGCCCCUUCCUCUUUUCUUACCCGCGCCUCUUCAACAUCUCCUCCAACCUGUCCACCCAGAGCGUCCCCUUCCAGGGCAGCAGCACUCUGGUGACUGCGGUCAUAUCCCUCACCGUCUUCAUGGUGGGUCUGACCGGCAACUCUCUGGCCAUCUACGUGGUGCUGCGCUAUGCCAAGAUGAAGACGGUCACCAACAUCUACAUCCUGAACUUGGCUGUGGCCGACGAGCUCUACAUCCUCGGGCUCCCCUUCCUCACCACGCAGAAUGUGCUCUCCUAUUGGCCCUUUGGCUCGUUCCUGUGCCGGGUGGUCAUGACCGCGGACUCCAUGAACCAGUUCACGUCUAUUUUCUGUCUGACGGUCAUGUCCAUUGAUCGCUACCUGGCUGUGGUUCAUCCGAUCCGCAGCACCAAGUGGAGACAUCCCCGCGUGGCCAAGGCGGUGAGCGCAGCUGUGUGGGCCGUGUCCUUUGUGGUGGUCCUGCCGGUGGUCAUCUUCUCUGAUGUCCAGGAAACAUUUAACUCCUGCAACAUGAUCUGGCCCGAGCCGAAGGACGUGUGGUCGACAGCCUUCAUUCUCUACACUGCCACUGUGGGCUUCUUUGGACCGCUGCUGAUCAUUUGCCUGUGCUACCUACUUAUCAUCAUCAAGGUGAAGUCCUCCGGGGCCCGGGCGGGCUUUACCAAGCGGCGCCGCUCGGAGCGCAAAGUGACACGGAUGGUGGUGGUGAUCGUGGUGGUGUUUGUGCUUUGCUGGCUGCCGUUCUUCAUCAUCAACAUGGUCAACCUGGUCGUCAUCAUCCCGGAGUCCAGCUUCACGGCAGGCGUCUACUUCUUUGCGGUCAUCUUGUCCUACGCCAACUCCUGCGCCAACCCGCUGCUCUACGGCUUCCUGUCAGACAAUUUCAAACAGAGUUUCAGAAAGGUGCUUUGUUUGAAGAGGAUGAGGUGCAAGGCAAACGGCGUAGAUGAUGGCGACCCCAGCGCCCCUCGCACUGAGAAAUCCACUGCACAAGACUGCAUCCUGCUCUCUCCUCGUAAUCCGAUCUACGAAGAUGCCCAAACCUGCCAGAUCUCUCCUCACCCUCCAGACUGGCCUGCCUCGCACACAGCAGCAGACCUGCACCGCUCCACCCCCGCCCAUCAAGCUCCCUCCACUUGCCCCGGGAUCGGGCCCGCAACUGCCACCACAGUGACCUCCACCGCGGCCACCCCUGCUGAUCCUCCCAGCGUCACCGCCCUGACUGCGCCUGCAUUCUCUGCCACCACAGCCCCACAGCAGCAGUAGCCAGUUAACCCGGAUGUCAGGUCUCAGGAGAGGAAGUAUGACUGUUUGCCUGGUCAGUGUCCUUCCUCAAACAUGUAGCCCGAUCACAACACACAACCUCAGACCUUUUGUAUAUAGGCUUCUUUCUUUGUGUUUUCAUAUAUACGGGUGUCUGUGUGUGAGAGAAUGUGUGUGCAUGUGCAUUGGUGGCUGUUUUGCACGUGUGUUGUUAUGUGUUUUCUCUCUGCAGAGACUCUGAUGCUGGUUAUUCCAGGGUUUACAGCAACAUAUACUGUUGCUAAUGCUAUUAUAUGAUCACGUUGUUUACUGCACAGUGGAGGCAAGAUAUGCUCAGCCUGGCCCCUCAUGCCUCAGCUGGCACAUCCUCUAUUAGAUUUGCCUUUUGAACUGUAUAUAUAUAUCACAGCCGGGAACUGUGUAUGUAAGGACGACACUUCUCCAUUUCCUCACACUGUACUAUAAUGAAGCCAAAUAUCUUUGACAAAAGCGCUGCUAUCUUGUGCUGGUGACGUCAUUUGGAGACAAAGUCUGUGCAGUAGCAACAGUGGAUAAAGCCCUGGCAUCAGAGGAUCAUAGUCCUGAUGACGCACCCGUGUCUCACCUGUUUCACAACUGUGUCACAUCUGUGUCACACCCGUGUCACAUCCGUGUCAAACUGUGUCAAACUGUCAAUAAUCCAAUCCAAUUAUUAGGAAACGGCUGCUACACCGACUCCAGAAGUGUUUUGUGGACUCAAACACUUCACUCCCCCCCCCCC